CACUGAAGUCGUAAGCAUCGAUUCGGGGAAGAUGGAGGCGGUGGGAGGGGACUUGCGUAAUGUUCUUUACACGCCGCGCUCCAAAGUGGAUUUUGGUUCCCUGCUAUGCUGGGCCUCCAACAUCGUUGGCGAGCAGCGAACGCCUUGCGUCUUCCACGUCGUGCAUUCUUCUCCUCCAGACCCAGUGCAGAACUGCACUCUGUCUGACGUUGGCCGAACGUCAGCUACGGUGCGCUGCCAGACGGGCUGGGAUGGCGGACUGCCACAAACUUUCACGCUUUCCGUAAGCCAGGACGCUCUCUCAGUGCCUGCAAGUUCCGCGAACAACUCUAACGGGACAUCACCGCGCGUUCUAGCGAACACUUCGAGCUCACCUAAGGCAGAGUUUACGGUCACGGGACUGAACCCUGGUCAGGCUUACGUGUUAACGAUUGCUGCAGUGAAUGCGAGGGGUCAUAGUGCACCCUUGAGGGUCGCGCUAGAGACGCUCGAGGACAAGGCGCAAGAACGGACCAGUCCGGGAGUGGCCCAGAAAGACAAAAAUCGUCUGCCCAUUGGACCUAUAAUUGCUGUCAUGAUCGGAGCCCUGGCUUCUCUCACACUGUCGUGUGUGGUGAUCGUGCUGGUUAUCAGAGCACGACGUUCUUCAGCACGACCAAAAAAAUGCACAAAAGCCCACGACGAUCGUGAUGUUGGUGAUGCUCAGUCCAAUCAAAUGGAGGCUUCCUUUACAACCUUCCUGGAUACCGGUGGUUCGAGUCCUGAUCUCAUCCCAUACUGCAGCGAGGCCAUUACGGUGAAGGCGAUGCCAGCUGGCGGCAACUUAACUUUCAAUCAACUGUCAUUAAUGGACUCUACGGGCCGCGGUGCGGAUGGGAGAGAUGUGCCGGGGCGUGCAGGCAGAAAUGCCCUCGCCGGCGCUGGUCCGGAAAUGACGUCCGCGGUGCUGCACCGAACAGCUUCCCUACCGCGAUCGAGCCUGAACAAAACUCAUCGCGAGCGUUUCUACCAACUGCCUCUCGACCACGACUUCUCGCCCCUUGUUUGCAACACCAAAACACAUGCCAGCCUCCACAGCCUGCACCGCCUCGACGGGACCAUCACCUACAUGUCGCCCCUAAAAUUACCUAAAGUAAUUCCAACAAGCGAAACGGGAAGUUCAUUUCCGUCUGUAUCGAUGCAUGCAGGAGGUUGCAUGUCCCGAGCAUCCGCUCAUCAAAUGAGCAGAGGUGGCGAGUCGGGUAAUGGAACAGUCGAAAAAACGACGAGGGAUUCGAAUUUCGCUCCACGAAAUUCACGACAACCAAUGCGCCACCUUCAUCAACACAUCAUGCGUCCACCGAUGCAUAGAAAUGCUAAUAAAGAUUCGUAUGACAUGAGAGCCAGUAACUUAGGUUCUCCGACCCCAGAUGAAACAUCUUGUAUUUCAUAUUCUCCUUCUCCCUCUUCCACGACUUCGAGCGAGUGCACCGUGAGACCUGAAAGCGUACGAAUCGAUAGAACGUUGCCAAGGCGCAUGGAUAGUAAUUUCCUUUCCAUCAGAGUGGGGAGCCCCAAUAACGAAGGCUCACAAGUGCAUCAAAUCUUACGACUGCAUCCCAAUUCUGGCUAUGCAUCUGACGUUGUGCAAAUUCCCUCGAAUCAACAAGUCGAACAAUCAGCUUUCCCAGGAUCCCCUCUGUCUUGCCAUCCGUCCAUUGCACCACAAAAAGAAACUUUUGACUGCGCUGAUGGAGCAUGCUCACAAAAUGAAACAUUCUGCUCACCUCCUCCGAUGUUUUCAAACUCUUGCAAUACACUGGAGAGCUCGCAACCAUUGACGGAAGCUAGCAAAAGAGGGAAAGCUGUGGAGGGAUCUUCUAUCUUGACCAGAUAUGACAAGAAAGAACAAUCCUCGGAUCAUCUAGUCAGCACUUGAAAAAUUCAGCAAUGUUUUCGAAAGUUUUUUAGUUUGUCUAUUGCUGUUCGUGAAAAAUAUCGGUCCCUGCAAGUGCUGAGUUUUUCACAAUUUUGCUCAAUGAUUUAUUACAUGUUUUGGGAAAGCUUUCCUCUGAACUUUCAACUUUGGUGAGCUGUCAAUUCGGGAACUCCGUCUCCGAGUGCUUUAUUAUUUUAAUGAUUUUCUUAGCCAAGAUCUUUUCGUUUCCCGACUACCCAGAUAAUAAAAGACAUUUAAAAGAAGCCAAAAAUGACGGUUGGAUUUGAAGAGAAAUUUUCAGCUCCUAUUUCUGGUUUUCGUGUCCUGUUGAACUUGCGGUCAAACUUCCUCGCUCAAUCAUUUGCUUUGACGGUCCUGGCUACAAUUCCUUAAAAUGCUUUUCUGAUCUUGCUUUGUGGACCCAUCACUCUUUAGCCACUCUUCCAUGCGUGUUAUCUUUCGUUCAGAAUAUUUUGGUUCUACGUUUUGGGAGAUUUUUAACGCUAUAAAAUCGUUAAAUAUUCGAUUUCUCAUCUAUUUAUUUAACAGCAAAAUUCUAUAAAUAAAAUUAGAGCACAAACCAGCAUCAAAUGACCAAUAACUCGGAGCCAGUGGUUCCGUCAUUACAAUUUUAAUUAAGGGGCUUAUGGUUCAUUGCUUGUUGUUUAAAUUGGGUCGCUUUAAUUCCCGCUUUGGAUUAUCAGUUGCCACUUUUAAAGUUCGAACACCAAAUGCCUCAUUUUCGAUUCCCUGUUGUAGCUGCGACUAGAAAAAUUUUUUCUCUCCUCUCAGAAUCAUUCUGAAUAUUUUAUGGAGACACCGCAUUUUCGCCGGUAGAAUACCAUUUUUAUCUACUUAAAACCAUUUUGACUUGUCCAAGCUCUGGAAAUGCGAAAGUGCGCUAUUACUCUCGAAAUUUAUUCGGCUUUAGGAGACGGUUUUCACUUCAGUGGAAUUUUUCUCUGCGUUCAUAAAGUUUAAAAUCAACUCUACUGCAAUGUGACAGCACCCAUGUUGUCGUACAUUUUUCAAUUGAGGCCAGAGUGAAAUCGAAUCACAUUUGUCAAAAAUUCCUGCCCGUGGUUACAAUAAUAAUAGCAGUUUCAGCGUUUAUUGCGCCGUAGGACUGUCGCCAAUUUUUAACAUCACAGAAUAUUUACAGCUUGUUGCGAUCUCAAACACGCAACUCACUGCUUCACACUUUUACUUAACUUAACGGCCCGACCUCAUCGCCGAUUCUGACCAGAAACUGGCGCACAGAGCCGGGAUCGAACCCGCACCUCUCCAAUCCUAUAACUCUGGGCCUAUAUACUUUCAAAAAAAGUUAAGAGAUCGUAAGUUCAUCCGCCAAU